AUGAAAGCUGUGAGACCGACAUCAAAUACGAAAGCGAACCCUCAGAAAUCGCGAUGGGAUCCUCGGCCACACGAGCACGAUCCAUUGGUCAAGACACACGACUUUGCCUACCUCACUGGCAUACCUGAUCCGACUUUCUUUUCACGAUCUGUCGAAGCACUGAAGACGAUAGUCGCUCUUUUGAUCGCACAGCCUUUACUUCUCCAAACGUUGGGUCUAAUUUUUGGUGGCUGUUGCAGUAAUGUCUAUACCCUCGAAUCAAUACUCAACCUCUCAUCCGACAGCGGUACCCUGAUCACCUUUCUGCAAUUCCUCUUCAUCACACUAUACAGCCUCCCAAGCCAGCUUACCUUCCACGUUACCUCACCGUCCGACCCUCCUCCACUACGGCCUACCCAAGCAGUAUGGUUCCCUCGUUUGAAGAGCCGGAAAGUCCCUUUGACAAAAUGGCUCACGUUUGCUGGCCAGUUCGUGCUGAUUAAUGUGCUGAACAAUGCUGCGUUCGGGUACAAGAUCUCUUUGCCUUUACAUAUAAUACUACGGAGUGCUGGACCAGUUGCGAGCAUGGUCGUGGGACGAGUCUGGGCUGGGAAGAGAUAUAGCUGGCAGAAGGUUUUGGCCGUCAUGCUUCUGUUUGUUGGGGUGGUGCUGGCUGCGCUUAGUGAUGCAGGAAGCGAGACCAAGACUUCAGUGAGUGCGACUACUACUGGAGGCAAUAGUACGAGCUUACGAGUCACGUCUACUACUCAGAACGCGCCCAAACCUUCGCAGCCUCGAAACACUACCACUGGAUCACUGGGGACCAAUACCACACACACAGAGUCGAGUCCAGCAGGACCGUUGAUGGAGCAGGCUCCUGGGUUUGCCCUGCUGACACUUGCCCUCCUUCUCAGUGCAGUCAUGGGUGUAUGGUCAGACGGUGUAUACAGCAAAUACGGCCGAAACACAGCAAUUGCAAACGAGCAGGUCUUCUACGGCCACUUACUCUCUUUACCCUUCUUCGCGCUUCGAUUCGACACCUUAUAUGCUCAAUGGAACAAGCUCAUGGCAGCCAGCGCAGUUUUGUUCCCGAGGUCAGGUGUAAGGAAAGAUCUAACAGGCCUCACCCCCAUGGCCAAGUUCCUGCACAUGGCAGCCGCAGCACGACAAACACCUCCAACCUGGCAAGAAAAGGUUCUUGGCUGGAUCAAACUUGAGCAUGCGCCCAAAGCCCUGACUUACCUCGUGCUCAACUGUAUAACGCAGAUUGCUUGCAUUUCUGGAGUUCACAGACUGAGCACACAGACCAGUGCGCUUACGGUCAGCAUUGUGCUGAAUGUGCGGAAGGUGGUUAGUCUGUUGCUUAGCAUCUAUCUUUUUGGCAAUGAGCUUGCGCUUGGAGUGCUAGUAGGCGCUGUGAUCGUGUUCUUGGGAGGUGGAUUGUAUGGCUUGCCAGAACGCAGGAGGGAGGUCAAGAAGGAGGAGAAGAAGGUCAAGGGUGUAGACGGAGAGUCCAAGAAGAGUCGGUGA